ACUCGGGAGCUGGGACAGGGCUUGUCCUGGGUUCCUGUGAGCAGCCGGCACCACGCUGUGCAGUCCAAGCUCAGACGUGUGUGAUAACCAAGGGGCCAGCAGCUGGAGAUGCGGUGGUUCGAGCCCUGAGGACGAGGGUGCAGAUGAGCCAGAGUGUCCUGGGGGCCAAGGGAGCAGCAGAGGGACCCAGGGGGCGGCCGCAUGAGAGCAGCUGGAGCCCAGCAGAGCACGUGGAGUUUUCAGGGAACGGACAGGACAGGGAAUCUGGAGACGAAGGGGAGGCCAGAGGGCAGGAGGGAAGGAGAGAGGAGGUCAGCCAGGGUCUCAGAGCCAGGGGUCCGGAGGAUCGUCGACAUGGACGCUGAGCCCACCACGCCAAGGGCAGGGGUAGCACGGGAGGGCGACACGGGGCCAGACGUAAACCCCUGGGGCCCAAACCUGGUGCGUGAGUUCCACCCCAGGGCUGCAGCUACCGCUCAGGGCCACUUGCGUCUUAUUCUUUACUUAGUUUUGAUUUUUUUUUCUUUUAUAAUUCUAGACAUAUUUAUAUUCUAUUUUCAUCCCCAAACCGAUACCUUACUGUUCUUUACUCUUAGAGCUUUGAUCACCCUGCUUGCGGUCACCAUCAUGGUGAAUUGUUCCUUGUGUGUCCUGUUGUUUUUCAUUGUGAGCUCACCUUAGUGCAGCUUUUUCCCUCUGGUGGCUGAGGGCCAGGUCCCCAGGGCCGUCCCCAGGACCAACCUCCUGAGCACACAUGGAAAUAAAUCCAAAUCCAAAGGCCAGAGCUGGGUCCUUCUAGACCUUUCCUUUUCCCAAGCAAGGGGUGUGGUGCUGAUGGAGACCCCGCCCCCUCCUCGGGCAAUGCUGGACGGUGGCCCCCAGGCUCUGUGGGAACCGCAGCCCCCUGCUGGUGCCCUUCAGACCCCUGAGAGGUGUGUGUGGCCUUGCCUAUCCAUCCUGGAGGGUGACAGCUGUCCUCAGGGUCUGUUUGAGGCCAUCUCAGGUCCACCCUGGGCCGGACCCCAGCAGGUCCUCGGUCAAGGGAGCCGCAGUGACCUGAACCACUGGAGCGGGCAGGGCGUGGCGGGCUGGCCGUGCACAGGGCCCUGCUGGUCACGCAGAGGACGCCCGGCUGCUCUAGAGACGGUGCUCCGGGAGGAAGCCCAGAGGGGAUUCGCCGCCCUGGAGGACCCGCUCGCCGCCCUCCUGGACAUGCUGGACAGCAGCCGGGGCUGGCGGGGGAAGGGCCCCUCCCUGGAGGCCUGGGUCACCCGUGAGCUGAAGCGCUGCUUGCAGGCACAGCUGUGCCCGGGGCUGGCCCGGGGCAGCCCAGGGCUGAAGCAGCUGCAGGCCCGUGCGGUCAAGCUCCUCGCCGAGAGCCCCCCCGGCCUCAUAGAGCCACUGGUCAGCAUCUUCCAGCUGCAGGACGCAGACCGGAGCCCCCUGCUGGCUCAAGUCCACCGGCUGCACCAGGAGGGCAAGUUCAAAGAAGCCAUCGUGCUGGGCGCAAAGCUGCGGCUGCAGGCAGAUCUUGAUGUUGAGAAGAUGUGCCUCCCCCUGCUCCUCCAGGACAAGGCAGACCUCGUGGAACGCUACGUGGAUGGCUUUCCCGACCUCCAGCGGAGGCUGCUGGCCCUCAUGGACUCCUGGUGCCAGCCCGGCUUUGACAUCAGAGUCGUCGCCAGAAGGUACCCGCAGACGACCUUGAGGCUGGAGAGGCUGAGCCCCAGAGCGCUGGGUCGGCAGGUCCUGCGGCUGCUGGAGCAGCAUGGCCUGGACCCUGACCUGUGUCCCAACGUCAUCACCCAGCAGCGCCUGGCCGCCCUGCGGUAUCUGUGCUACAAGAGGCUGGUAGAGAGAAGCGUAUCUCGGGAGAGCUGGGCCGAGCAUGUGCAGGGCCUGGUCGGGCAGGACCAGUGGCUACAGGAGCAGCUGCUGCAGCUGCUGACAUCUCACGACAACACGGCCCUGGUCGCCCAGUGUGCCCUGGACCUCUUGCUGCCCGAGGAGCGACUCCCGGCCUCGGUGGCCGCAGAGCUCCGCCAACUCAGGAUCCAGGAGAGGACGGCUGAGGCCCCUCUGGAGGACGGGAAGGACGAUUACUACCAGCUGCCCAUCCCCAGGGAGCACCUCCACUUCCUGGCCUCGUGGGAGGACCUGGCCAGGCACCAGGAGGAGCUCCUGCAGCCCGGCCAGGUGGUCGGCAUGGACCUGGAGUGGAGGCCCUCGUUCGGAGCCGGGGGCCGGCCCCGGGCGUCGCUCAUGCAGGUGGCCGUGGAGGGCCGCGUGUUCCUGCUGGACCUGCCCCGGCUCUCAAGUCCAGCAGGAGGGCAGGCGCCCCAGGCCUUCUUCCGGCUGGUGUCCCGGCUGCUCGCGGACCCCUCCAUCACCAAGCUGGGUUAUGGGUUGGCGGGGGACCUGCGGAGCUUGGGUGCCUCCUGCCCGGCCCUGGCCCAGGCCGAGAAGCAGCUGCGGGGCAGCGUGGACCUGCUGCAGGUGCACAGGCAGAUGCGGGCAGCAGACAGGCCAGCCCCAGGUGUGGAUGGGGCCGCAGGGCCGCGGGGCCUCAGCCUCCUGGUGCAGCAGGUGCUGGGCAAGCCCCUGGACAAAGUGCAGCAGCUUUCCAACUGGGACCGGCGGCCGCUGUGCGAGGGGCAGCUGGUCUACGCAGCCGCUGAUGCCUACUGCCUGCUGGAGGUGUACUGGGCUCUGUGCAGAGAGCCUGCGCGCUUCCACCUGUCGGGGGACCUGGCCAGGAGCCUGAGGCGCGGUGAGAGAGCAGGGCCUGGGGAGCUGCCGCCCCUUCAGAAGGCCUCGACCUCACCCCAGCAGGUGCCCGCGGGUGAGGACGCGGCCCCCGAGGUCCCGGCCAGGGCCUUCCGCGUGGUGUGUGACAGCAUGCUGCAGGGGCUGGCGCGGAGACUCCGCUGUCUGGGCAUCGACGUGCUGGUGCUGGCCACGGGCGAGGACCACCGCAGGGCCGCCGAGGUUGCCAGGCAGGAGGGGAGGGUCAUCCUGACCUCAGGGCUGCCGUACCACAAGCUCCGGGCCCAGGUUGGGGCUGGGCGCUGCCUCUCGGUGGACUGCUCCCUCAAGGCCCGGCAGCAAGCCACAGCCGUGAUCAGGCAUUUCAACGUGCGUGUCACCCACUCGGACAUCUUCAGCCGCUGCCAGGCUUGCAACUGUCACCAGUACCUGAAGGUCUCCAAGGAUGUAAUGAAGCAGCUUGUGUGGCUCAGCGGCCACCCAGAAGGCCCUAGCGGUACAGGUGACGAGGCCGCCCAAAUCGAGGAUGAACGGGAGACAGGCUCAGCCCCAGAGGAGGCCCCUGGGGGCUGCACCUACGAGCCCUCUUGCCGCUGGCUGGAGGAGGAGGACCUGCAGAGCCGCGUGCCGGCCACACUGGGCGACGGCACCCGACUGCAGCUGUCGGGGGUCCCGGCAGGCGUGCUGCGGAGGCCGGGGCUGCGGCAUUUCUACUGCUGCACGGGCUGCGGCAAAGUCUUCUGGGAGGGCUCCCACCUGGGCCGAGUCGCCGAGAACUUCCGAGAGGUUCUGGAAGGUGUCCCCGGCUCCCGCGAGCCGAGCAGAGCCCCCAGCCCAGCCAGCAGCCCCUCCUGAGGACUGGGCCCACGGCCCUGUGGCCUGCCUCACCCCUGGGGGCCCAGGCAGCCGGCAAUAAAGUGGAAAAGCUGCA